AUGCAGUCCAUGCAGAGACAGUUUGGCAAGCUCAUGAACAAGAGCCCCGGCGACAAUGCCAAGGUCGCUGCCAUCCUCCACGACUAUGAAGAUGCAGACAGAUUGUUGGGCCAGAUCGUCGAGAAUACAAAGACACUUCGCGAUUCCUGGGUCACUGUAGGGACCACUCAGUGGGCCAUAGUCAAGGAAUACGAGGGCUUGUACGAUCCCAUCGUCGGUGCCACCGAGGGCCACGGCCGACCCAGCAUUGCUACACCCAAGCAGCAGCUCGACCGAACCUUUAAGCUUCGCGAAGCUUAUUCGGACCUCAAAGAUGAGUUGAUCGAAGAGGUCGCAGCCAUCGACGCCCAGGUCAUCCGUCCCGCCACCGAAGCCCACGACUACCUCCAGCCCAUUCGCAAAACCAUCAAGAAGCGCGAGGCCAAGAGGCUGGACUACGAGAAAGCCGAGGACAAGGUGAAGAAGCUCCAAAAGAAGUCAGGAAAGACGCCAAAAGAGGAUGCCGCGCUCUCAAAGGCCGAGUUUGAAAUGCAAUGCGCUUCAGAGGAAUUCAACGUCGCAGAUACCCACCUCCGAGACGCUCUACCGCCCCUGGUCGAUGCCACCUUUACACUGAUACCCCAUCUCCUGGCCGCCCAUGUUUGCAUACAAAACCGACUUCUCGGCUUGUACUACACAGUGCUUCACAACUACUGCGAGGAGUAUGAGUUCCCCUCACCCCCGCCUCCGAUGGAAAGCGUCGUGUCGACAUGGUCCGCCGCGUUCAUGCCAGUUCGGAAGGAGGUAGAGGCCCUCACUUGCAUACAACACGGUAGGGUCUGGCGUCAGCAGGCUCCGACGUCGGCGUCUUCUCGCGGUCCAUAUACGCGGACACCGUCGGGCACGAGCGAAGGCAGCACACCGACCCCUCGAAUCGUACGGAUUCCGUCGUCGAACUCCGUCGGCCGGGCAGCUCCCGCGCCCGAAGCUUCUCCUCAGCCAAACCCGCAGCCGACGAGGAGCGCGAGCGCCUCGCGCUUCCAGAUGGGUUUGCCGACCGAUUUCACGACGGCAACGGCUCUCGGUCAUUCCCAAGGCGGCCCUCGAAUAUCGCCGGCGUACUCGUCCACCAAGUCGGAGCACUUUGGUCACCAAUCCGGCAUUUCGCCCAGCAACGGCAACAUCGCCGCGGCCAAGAAGAAACCGCCGCCGCCUCCCCCGGCCAAGCGUUUCCAGAUCCCCGAGGAGUUUGUCGUGGCGCAGUACGAUUUUGCGGGCGGGAACGGCGAUCUGAGUUUCCGUGAAGGCGACAGGAUCAAGAUCGUCAAGAAGACGCAGACGGAUCAAGACUGGUGGGUUGGCGAGUUGGGAGGGAUCAAGGGGAACUUCCCCGCCAAUUACUGCAAAGCGGCUUGA